UUCUUUAAUUCAUAUACAUACAAAUAUGGAUACAACGAUAUCACCAAUGUAUAAGAUAUCUACUCACGAACAUCCUCUUUUCUUUUCAGCUAUGUUUAUUGAAAGGAAAUGUGAUGGUUGCCACGUAAUAGGAAUCAUGUACGGUAGCUACUUUUGCAACGAGGCUUAUUGUAAUUGUCGGUUCCAUAAAGUCUGCGCGGAAUCCCCACUAGAGAUCAAUCAUCACCCUUCCCAUCCUGAGCAUCCUCUCUUGCUCACCAAGAUGUCUCCAGCGGAAGAUGGCACUCCAUGUGACUUUUGCGGACAAGAGAUUUUGUCCACAUGUUAUAAUUGUUCCACAUGUAAAUUCAAAGUGGAUUUGAUUUGUGGGACUAAACCCUCACCGUCUGUUAUCGAACAGCCGGUGUGUCAUGACCACACACUCGUGUUUUUUAAGAAACAAAUAUUGAAGGAAGAUCAGGUCACUUGUGAAAUAUGCAAGGAAUCUAUCAGUGGACCUUCCUAUUCAUGUCGUAAAUGCAAUAACGUGUACUUUCACUUGGAUUGUGUUCAUAUCUCUAAAGAGGUAGAUCAUCCUUGCCACUCUAGUCACCCCCUUAAGAUCAUGACAUCUGAGUCACUUAUAGAUGAUGAUGAUGCGCAGAAGAGUUGUUGUUUCUGUUUCGUUCAACCAAAAAAGGUGAUUUAUCAUUGUUCUAUUUGCAAUUUUACUUUGUGCCUUGGUUGUACUAAACGUCCACCACUUCCUGUUGUUGACGACGCCAAGACUCACACCCAUCCACUGACGCUCUUUUCGAGUAAAAUAAAAUUUACUUGCAAGGUUGCAGGAAUGGAAAUCGAUAGCUAUGAGUCUUAUAUAUGUCUCAAGUGUGAUUUUGUUGUCUCUGUAUAUUCUGUUGGCAUUCCCCGCAUCAUAAACAUCAAUCGUCAUGAUCAUCGCAUCUCUUUUACGCAUCAUCUUGGAUAUAAGGGUGCAAAAUGUGGAAUUUGUCGGGAAAGUGUAAGUCAGUACUACGGAGCUUAUUCUUGCUCGAUUUGCCCUAACUAUGUAGUUCACUCAGGAUGUGCAGCUGAUUUUGAUAUAUGGGAUGGUGUGGAACUCGAAGGGAUACCUGAGACCAGCGAGGAUAUUGCGCCAUUUAAGGUGAUGGGUGAUAAUUUGAUACGUCAUUUCUCUCAUGAUAAACAUAGUUUACUGUUCUUGAAAGAUUAUGACAUGGUUGGUGAUGACUAUGAGAGGUACCAAUGUGAAGCGUGCAUCUCACCGAUCGGGUUUGGCCCAGUCUACAGUUGUCAGGCUUGUCGUUUUGUUCUCCAUGAAAAGUGUGCUUAUUUUCCUAUAAAGAAAAAACUUGUCUUUGGCCCCUCACCAUACAAGUUGGAAAAUCAAGAUGUACAUUGUAGUUCAAUUUCUGAGCCAUUUGUCCACAAUGGGCAUUUGCAUCCCUUAUAUUUUCUUAAAACAACGGAGAUACGUAAUUGCAAUGCAUGUAGAAGAGAUCGAGAUGGCUACAUUCUCACUUGUAGUGCUUGUAACUUUGACUUGUGUUUGUAUUGUGCUACUUUGCCUGAAAAUAUAUGGCAUAUAAGCGAUGAGCACCCUCUCACUAUAUAUUAUGGCGGAAAGGAGGCAACCAGCAAAAACUGGUGUGAAGUUUGUGAGAUGGAGUUAGAUUCAAGUAAAUGGUUCUUUAUAUGUUCUGAUUGUGGAGUCACUUUGCAUGUUGGAUGCGUACUAGGAGACUUCUCACGUCUCACUCCAAACUGUUCUAUUCCCUUUGAGGGAAGAGAAUAUUUAGCUAUUCUUAACUGUCAGAACAGUCGGCCAUUCUGCAGACAUUGCCACGAUCGAUGCACGGCCCCUGUCAUCUUACAAUACAAAGACGAUGAUGAACAGAAUGAGUACAUCUGCUCCAUUCCAUGUUUAUUGAGUCAAUUUGGGUCUUGAACCUUGUAUGAGUUAAAACGAAAAACCCAAGUUAUAACUAAGGAAUAUAUUUUCGGUUUUCUAGCGAAAUAGGCUGGUUGGUUAUUAUCAAAACGCAAGUUAUGUAAUGUACUUUUUUUUUCUUUUUUAA